AUCCCAUCGAAAUAGAUUUAAUUUUAAUAUAUAUAUUUGUUUUAAACUUGAAUUUUAGGCUAAGAAGAAAACGAAUCAUUUUGUUUUUCUAUAUGAAAUAGAAAAAGAAAUGUAAAGAAAAUUAUAGAAUUGAUGGAAGGAAUAAUGAAUAAGCUAAGGCAUUUAGAUGCAUAUCCAAAGGUAAAUGAGGAUUUCUACAGCCGAACACUCUCCGGUGGCUUCAUCACUCUCGUCUCCUCCGUCUUUAUGCUCUUGCUCUUCUUCUCCGAGAUCCGAUUAUAUCUGCACCCUGUGGUUGAAACAAAGCUUGUGGUUGACACUUCAAGAGGGGAAACUCUACGCAUCAAUUUUGAUGUCACAUUCCCUGCUAUCGCAUGCUCAAUUCUCAGCCUUGAUGCAAUUGACAUAAGUGGAGAGCAACACCUUGAUGUUAAACAUGACAUAGUAAAGAAAAGGUUAGAUGUAAAUGGCAAUGUUAUAGAAGUGAGACCGGAUGGGGUUGGUUCUCGCAAGAUGGAAAAGCCUUUACAGAGGCAAGGUGGCAGGCUCAAGCACAAUGAGACGUAUUGUGGUUCAUGUUAUGGUGCAGAAUCGAUUGAUGGUGAGUGUUGCAACUCCUGUGAGGAAGUUCGUGAUGCAUACAGAAAGAUAGGUUGGGCUAUGUCAGAUCUGGAUUUGAUUGAACAGUGCAAGAGAGAGGGCUUUUUUCAGAAGAUUAAGGAUGAAGAAGGUGAGGGGUGUAAUAUUUAUGGCUCUUUAGAAGUUAAAAAGGUGGCAGGGAAUUUUCAUUUUGCACCUGGGAAAAGCUUUGAUCAAUCAAAUAUUCAUGUACAUGACUUGCAAGCAUUUCGAAAGGACAGGUUUAAUUUAAGUCACACGAUCAAUCGGUUAGCUUUUGGAGAUUAUUUCCCUGGUGUGGUGAAUCCUCUUGAUGGUGUCCAAUGGAUGCAAAAACAACCAAUUGGGAUGUACCAGUACUUUAUCAAGGUUGUUCCUACCAUGUACACAGAUGAGAACGGACACACUAUCCAGACAAAUCAGUUUUCUGUAACAGAGCAUUUUAAAGGUGCAGAAAGAGGCCUUCUCGAUAACCUCUCAGGAGUUUUCUUCAUUUAUGACCUUUCUCCUAUCAAGGUGACUUUCGCAGAGGGACAUGUCUCAUUCUUGCACUUCCUAACGAACGUUUGUGCUAUAGUUGGAGGCGUUUUCGCAGUUUCGGGAAUAAUAGACUCGUGUAUAUACCAUGGUCAAAAAGCAAUGAAAAAGAAGAUGGAGAUAGGUAAAUUCAAUUGAUGAUGGAUAGAGCUGGUGGCUUGAAACUGGGGGGCUUCCGCUUCAUCUUAAUUCCAGUUGGGGGGAAUUGAAGCAAGCAAAAAUGAUAGACCACUGCCCCGUACUUACCCCAUGGCCUGUUCAUUCAUUACCGACCGAAAUUCUGUUCACAAUUCUCUCGUCUAUGCUCCAAUUAUAUCGAUUGAUCGGUUCAUAUAAAAGAUGUAUCGACACAAAUUUGGGUAAAUUUCAUUCAAUUGCUUCAAUUUUGACCAAUCAUAAA